GACGAACAGUGAACGCACACCCCUUCGGCCGGCGGGACACGGGCGCGCGCGGCCGAUCAUCUCUCGCGCGGUCGUCGUCGUCGUUGUCGUCAACAGUGUUUACGAUUGCCGUCGCGAAUUCCUUUGCCGUCGUCGUCGUCUUCGCCGUCGUCAAAUGCCAGUUUGAUUUUUCGCCUUAAAAAAUAAUAUUGUCGUCGGCGUUUUAUAAUAAUAAUAAAUAUUAUUAUUAUCGUUAAAAUAUUAUAGUUGUUGCACUGCACAGCAUACCAAUGGUUUGCAUGGCAGUGUUGUGUGCCGUAUCAUCGAUGAUCGUAUGGUCUUCGGUGGCGGGUUACGAUAUGCUAGACUGUAACCGACAACUGUCCACCUUCCAAGUGUCCAACACCGACGAGAACGGAAGGACGUGUUCCGAUGAGAUCGACGUGAUGUCGUGCUGGGGAAGAUGUGACUCAAAUGAGGUGUCCGACUGGCGGUUCCCAUUUAAGCGUUCGCACCAUCCGGUGUGCAUCCACGAUGGCCAGGUGCUCACCAAGUUCAUGUUGAAGAACUGCGAAGAAGGCGUUCAGCCGGGCACGGAAUUCUACGUCUUCCCGCAGGCCAUGUCGUGCAAGUGUCACACGUGCAAGUCGUCUGAGGCAGCUUGCGAGGGGUACCGGUCCAAAGAUUUUCCGUUCAUUUCCCCCAACCAAGUUUGAUGGAAUAAAAAAUGUUAAGAAAACAACAAAAAUAAAAAAUGCGACGGAAUUACGACGACAGCAAACCGAAUGCGACAUCAUAUUUAAAUAUUAUAUAAAUAUAUAUUUAUUAUUAUUAUUAUACGCGCUUCCGUUUUUUCUUUUCUCGUCUCCUUCGAUUCUCAUCAUCUAUAAUACUCAUCCAUUCCAAUAUUAUUGUCUUAUCUUCACACCUGUUAGAUAUUAUUAUAUGUUGUAUACUAUUAAGUUUUCUGUCAAAUAAUAUAUUAUAUAUCUCAUUGUUAUCCAAAACGUAAAAAACUAAACCGAUUAUAAUCUGUAAGCCCUCGCCUGUCGAUUAUGAAUAUUAUAAUGUUAACAUUUAUUGUGUGCUUUUAUAUAAUAUCGUAUAAUAAUGUUUAUUAUUUAUAUUAUAUAAAUAAAUAUAUAUAUAUAUAUAAAAAAAUUCUCGGUAUACGUGUGUGCGACACGAAUAACAAUAAUAAAAAAAAAAUGCAGUUUUAUUAAAACGAAA